AUGGCGACUAUACAAGAUGAUGAUGAGCUUCUGCUGGCGAGAAUUGGUUACACACAGGAAUUACGACGAGAGUUCUCCAGAUGGUCGACUGUUUCGUACGCAAUUAGCAUCCUGGGCGUUCUGGGUUCCGUUCCUGCUACCUUUGGCUCGCCCUUAUCAGCAGGUGGCCCUGCGACAUCUGUAUGGUGUUGGCUAAUUGGGUCCUGCAUGGCUAUGUGUAUCGGUAGUUCCGUGGCCGAGCUUGUGUCGGCAUAUCCAACUGCAGGCGGCAUGUAUUUCGUUGGAAAACAUGUGGUCCCUCCAGAACAGGUCAGCAUGUUCUCAUGGAUUCAGGGAUGGUGCAAUUUGCUGGGUCAGACUGCCGGAGUGAGCAGUGUAGCCUACUCUGUCAGUCAGAUGAUGUUGGCUGCGGUCAGCAUGAACUCGAAUCUCCUUGAUGGAGAGUAUUCAUAUUCACCAACGGCCCUUCAAACGGUAUUGGUUUCAAUUGGAAUCUUAUGUGUUCUCGGUGUCAUCUGCUCGUUGACGACGAAGUCCUUACAUCGGAUUAUUCUUUGGUUUGCUCCGAUCAAUAUCCUGGCGACUAUCGGUAUUUGUAUCGCACUGAUAUAUCUUACCCCGAACAAAAUGCCCGCUGAAUGGGUUUUUACCCACUUCACUGAUGGAUCGGGGUGGGGCUCCAAGACCUUUUCAUUCUUUCUAGGCUUCUUAUCAGUUGCAUGGACUAUGACCGAUUACGAUGGGACCACUCAUAUGUCGGAAGAGACUCAUGAUGCGGCCGUUCAAGGACCGAUUGCCAUUAGGACCGCCGUCUUUGUUAGUGGAAUCUUUGGGUGGUUGUUGACCGUCUGCAUGUGUUUCUGCCUGACAGACUUUGAGGGUAUCCUUCAUACGCCCACCGGCUUGCCUGCUGCGCAAAUAAUUUUCAAUGCCGGAGGGAGAACAGGCGGCACGGUCAUGUGGUCAUUCGCCAUACUGGUACAAUUUUUCACUGGCUGCUCAGCCAUGCUGGCUGAUACCAGGAUGGCAUACGCAUUUGCCAGAGAUAAUGCUCUGCCAUUUUCAAAGUUUUUUGCUAAGGUCAAUCCACAAACUCAUACCCCGGUCAAUGCGGUUUGGUUCGUGGUCAUUUUCAGCAUUGCUCUGAAUUGUAUUGCUAUUGGCUCUACUGAAACAGCGACGGCGAUCUUCAGUGUCACAGCGCCUGCGCUUGAUCUCUCUUACGUUUCGGUGAUUCUAGCUCACCAGAUCUACAAGUCUAGAGUCAAAUUUGUGGAGGGACCCUUCACUCUUGGUAGAUGGGGAGCUCCUAUCAACUAUGUUUCCGUCAUCUGGGUCUUGUUUAUCAGCACCAUUCUAUUUUUCCCGACUCAGAUUCCUGUCACCAGGGCCAACAUGAAUUACGCCAUUUGCGUGGCUGCUUUCAUUGCCAUAUUUGCAUUAGCAUGGUGGUGGGUUGAUGCUAGAGGCAAAUACACUGGGCCUCAGACUAAUGACACGAUUCACGAAAUCCCAACCGAAGAUUACUGCUACGAGAACGAUCAAGAAGUCAGUGUGUAG